CGUUUGUUCCAGAUCGGCUCUUUUCCGUCUCUAAUUAGCACCCGGAAGUCGCCGCACUGCGACAAGUUCCACGAGUAUAUUUUCCCACGGGGCCGUCCGCAUUAUGGCUGUAGCCCCAGCUAAGGUUUCUGUACAUACGCCUUCGAGUACUCGGACGUGGCGGACUCAUUUCCCGGAUGGAGAUCUCUGGGUAUUCGGCUACGGGAGUUUGAUAUGGAAACCACCCCCGCAUUUUGAUAAAAGAGUCCCCGGUCAUCUCAAUGGGUAUGUGCGGAGGUUUUGGCAGGCUAGUGCGGAUCAUCGGGGUACCCCUGAGGCUCCCGGGCGCGUGGUGACAGUCAUCGAACGAUCUUUUUGGGAGACCUUGAAUGAUCCACAAGCCUAUCUCGAAACCUCCCCGGAUUCCGCUGUCUGGGGUGUUGCCUACCACAUUCCUGCUUCCCACGCGGAGGAAGUCCACGACUACCUAGACAUUCGCGAGAUCAACGGCUAUACAGUACACUACACUCCAUUCUACCCCGUUGCUCCUGAAUCUUCCGGUGAAAAUGGACUCGCUGGCGCCGGCGUCCCCAUGACCUGCAUGGUCUACAUCGGCCUUCCCACAAACACACAGUUCCUUCGAGAUCCUGCGGAGCGCGACCCAGAUGCCGUCGCACGCGUUAUCAGUGUGAGCCACGGACAAAGUGGCAAGAACACGGAAUACCUCUACCUUCUAGAGAAGGCGCUCGAAGGAAUCGGUCUAGGUAGCGCGGACGGUCACGUCACAGACCUCGUGAAACGGGUGAGAGCGCUCGAAGAGAAGAAGCUGGCCGACGAGGAGGAAGAGGAGGCUGAGCGCAAGACGAAGAAAGCGUUUGAGCCAGGAAAGACAGAGACGCAGUCUCAUGCAGAGUUUCCACGGGCAGAGUAAUCUGACUCCCAGCAUGGACCCUGAAUAUCGCAACCAUAUUUGGAUGCUUUAGACUUUCACAUAGAAGACAAACAACGAAGCUACGGUUUUCGAUAGACUGGGGAUUUGAAGAAAACAGGAACUGGAAUCGUACCACGUAAAGAGAGAUCUUCGUCAUCAUGAGACAAGUG